AUGUACACCAUCGCCCCCCCUCACCGUUUCCUCGUUCUCUCUGCCACCAGCUCGGCUCCCUACAACCCUGCCAACAAGUUCCUGGUUUUGUCUCCUACCGAGUCUGGCCCUGAUGAGCAGGCCGUGGCUGAGUCUACCUCUUCUGAGGGCUCUAACCCAGCCCCCAAGUCUCACCGAUCAGACAGCUCUUCCUCUGUCUCCUCCAACGAGGAGCAAUUGAACGAUGGCCUGCUGCCAAGUGGUUUCCUAUACCUUGGUGCCACUUCCCGCCGUUACUCUCGAUAA